UCCGCAGCAGCAUGGCGGCUCCGGAGGACGAGCGGCUGGCGGGGAGCGGCGACGGCGAGCGGCUGGAUUUCCUGCGGGACCGGCACGUGCGGUUCUUCCAGCGCUGCCUCCAGGUCUUGCCCGAGCGCUAUUCUUCGCUCGAGACCAGCAGGUUGACAAUUGCAUUUUUUGCGCUCUCCGGGCUGGAUAUGUUGGACUCCUUAGAUGUGGUGAACAAAGAUGAUAUAAUAGAGUGGAUAUACUCCCUGCAGGUCCUUCCCACAGAAGACAGAUCCAAUCUAAAUCGCUGUGGUUUCCGAGGCUCUUCAUACCUGGGUAUUCCAUUCAACCCAUCAAAGAAUCCUGGAACAGCUCAUCCCUAUGAUAGUGGCCACAUAGCAAUGACCUACACUGGCCUUUCGUGCUUAGUUAUUCUUGGAGAUGACCUAAGCCGGGUAAAUAAGGAAGCUUGCUUAGCAGGCUUGAGAGCCCUUCAGCUGGAAGAUGGAAGCUUCUGCGCAGUCCCCGAAGGCAGUGAAAAUGACAUGCGAUUUGUAUACUGUGCUUCCUGCAUUUGCUAUAUGCUCAAUAACUGGUCUGGCAUGGAUGUGAAAAAAGCCAUCAAUUACAUUAGAAGAAGUAUGUCCUAUGACAAUGGGCUGGCACAGGGAGCUGGACUUGAAUCUCAUGGAGGAUCGACUUUUUGUGGCAUUGCAUCACUGUGUCUGAUGGGUAAACUAGAAGAAGUUUUUUCAGAAAAAGAAUUGAACCGGAUAAAGAGGUGGUGUAUAAUGAGGCAACAAAAUGGUUAUCAUGGAAGACCUAACAAGCCUGUAGACACCUGUUAUUCCUUUUGGGUAGGAGCAACUCUAAAGCUUCUGAAAAUUUUUCAGUACACUAACUUUGAGAAAAAUAGAAAUUACAUCUUAUCAACUCAAGAUCGCCUCGUGGGGGGAUUUGCCAAGUGGCCAGAUAGUCAUCCAGAUGCUUUGCAUGCAUACUUUGGGAUCUGUGGCCUGUCACUAAUGGACGAAAGUGGAAUUUGUAAAGUUCAUCCUGCCCUGAAUGUAAGCACACGGACUUCUGAACGCCUUCGAGAUCUCCAUCAGAGCUGGAAAAGCAAGGACUCGGCACAGUGUUCUGAGAAUGUGCACAUCUCCACGUGACUGACUUCCUUUAGCAGGGGAGGGCGGGGAGGGGGGUUUGUAGCGUAACUGUAGCUCAAGGUUAAAAGCCAUGUAUAACCAAGUGUGCUCUUUUUUUAAGAGGUAGAGUCUCACAAUCAAAUUGCGUGCCGAUGUCACUUUGGAAUAUGGUCUUGAACCAGUAACCUUUGUCCUGGGUUUCAAGGAAAUCUUUGUGGAAGUUUGAACCACAGUGGACUCUGUUGUGGUUCUUAAAUGUUUAUACUGAAUUUCUAAGAAGUUCUUCGGGCAAAUUAACUGUAUGUACGUAGGUUAUCUUUUUAAAAAACUCUUCAGUACGAAUUGUAUCAUACUGUAAAAUGGACACAAAUCCUGAGAACAGGUUUACAGUUCACCGAGCACUGAUAAUCUGCGGGGAACACUUAGUGAUCAUUUAAAAAGCUUGACAGCUGACGGUAGAAAAUUGCUUUAAUGAAUUAAGUAUCUAGGAUUCUUCUUUGAAAACAGAUGAUUCCGUAAUUUUUAAAAAGAACAAUGACUUAUUUUGUCUUAUGAAGUAAAUUGUGCCAGUUAAGCUGACGUGGCCUAUAUAAAUGAAAUUAACUUCAUAGCAAUGAUGAAUAUGCUUAACUAAUACAGUAAUUUUCUAAGUGGACAUUGAUUUAAGAAGACUAUUAUGUAACUAAAGGAAAAUUUUAUGUGAUUGUGGAUGAGAAGGUUUUGUGCUUGUCUGGGUCACUUACUUAGAUGUUGCUGGGGUGAAUAACAGUUACGUUUGAUUUUAAGUUCAUUAGUUGCUUUUUCUUUCUGGGGAGAAAACAGUCAUUCAAAAAGGAAAGAUAUUCAGUGGUUUUGUUUAUUUUUCUGAACUAUGUGAUGUUGUAAAUUGUACUUUUAUAACAGAGUUAUUUUUAGCCAUUUGGAUUUUUUUUUUAGUUUGUUGACUCUAGUGUGUUAGUGAUUCUGAUUUCAAACUGACAGUUUUCUAAUUUUUUCAAAGCAAAUAAGUAAAAAUCUCAGUAAAAAACCAGAACCACUAAAGUAAAUUUAAUGGUGCAGCUCCAUACGUGGUCAUUUAUAUUUUUAUAUUUUCAGGUUAUUGGAAGGGAAAUGUUCUGUUUAGGGGCUAAGGACUGGGAUUUCACUUUUAUUCUUUCGGCUUUGUUUUCUUCAUUCUUUGAACUACCUAAUUGUAAAGGAAAUGGUAUAAUUACUCAUCUUCAUUUGUGACAAGUUUAUCAAAUAAAUCACUUCCAUCACUGUUGUUGAAUGACGUUCAGAGAUGUGAGGCAAGUACUGAAAUGGAGAGCUCUUCGCUCAAGGAGCUGGUGAUAAUAAAUGUUGAGUUAUUCUACAACUAUCAAUACAAAAACUAAAUUACUAGCAUUACUGUUCAGGAAUUAAAAUAUUUAAAUUUUAAUUUAUUUCCUAAA